GCCGGAGAGCCAGCGAGCGAGAGCCUGCCGCCUCCUCUCCGCGUUUGGCCGCCGCUUGGCGCGCUUCGUGCGCGCCCAAGCAGCAGCAGCAGGAGGAGGCGCGCCGCCCCACCGGGAGGUGGCUGCCUCGGACGGGGCGCAGCAUGCGGGGCGCCUCCGAUGCCUCUUGGUGCCCCCGACGCCGCCCCGGCUGCUGCCCAUGGAGAUCGCGCUGGUAACGCUGGAGAACGGCGGCGCCACGGCCAUCGGCGAAGAUGGCCCCGGCGGCGGCCUGAGCCGGGCUGAGCGGCUCCCUUGGCUGCCCGAGUGCGGCGCCAAGGAGGGCUGCCCGGAGCCGGGCGCAGCGCGCGGCUCGCCGCGAGGCCUCCUGCGCCCACCCGACGUGGCCAUGCUGGCGGCCGACGAGGAAGGGCCCCCCCGCCCGGGCAGGGCCAGGCCCGCGGCGGGGGCCCCCUCGGCCACUGAGCCGCCGCCGUCUUCGUCGGCUGCGGCUGCUGGGGGCGACGAGGGCGACGAGGGGCCGGAGGCGGAGGCGGAGAGCGAGCGCGCCCUGGGCGGCCAGCAGCGCGUCCUGCUCAACAUCUCCGGGCUGCGCUUCGAGACGCAGCUGGGGACCCUCAGCCAGUUCCCGGACACGCUGCUUGGGGACCCCGAGAAGCGCAUGCGGUACUUCGACCCGCUGCGCAACGAGUACUUCUUCGACCGCAACCGGCCCAGCUUCGACGGCAUCCUCUACUUCUACCAGUCGGGCGGCAAGCUGCGGCGGCCCGUCAACGUCUCCAUCGACGUCUUCGCCGACGAGAUCCGCUUCUACCAGCUGGGCGACGAAGCCAUGGAGCGCUUCCGUGAGGACGAGGGCUUCAUCCGCGAGGAGGAGAAGCCGCUCCCGGCGCACGAGUUCCAGCGUCAGGUGUGGCUCAUCUUCGAGUACCCAGAAAGCUCCAGCUCUGCGCGGGGCAUCGCCAUCGUCUCGGUGCUCGUCAUCCUCAUCUCCAUCAUCACCUUCUGCCUGGAGACGCUGCCCGAGUUCCGCGACGAGCGGGAGCUGCGCCCGCCCCUGCUCCCGUCGCCCAACGGCACAGCGGAGAGCGCCCCGACGGCGCCCAGCACCCUCAGCGACCCCUUCUUCAUCAUCGAGACCACGUGCGUCAUCUGGUUCACCUUCGAGCUGCUGGUGCGCUUCUUCGCCUGCCCCAGCAAGCCCGAGUUCUCCAGGAACAUCAUGAACAUCAUUGACAUUGUGGCCAUCAUCCCCUACUUCAUCACCCUGGGGACGGAGCUGGCUCAGGAGCAGCAGAAGAAGGAGCAGCCGCAGGGCAGCAGCAGUAGCAGCAGCAGCAGCAACGGAGGCCAGCAGCAAGCCAUGUCCUUGGCCAUCCUCAGAGUCAUCCGCCUGGUCAGGGUCUUCCGGAUCUUCAAGCUCUCCAGGCACUCCAAGGGGCUGCAGAUCUUGGGUCAGACUUUGAAAGCCAGCAUGAGGGAGCUGGGCCUUCUCAUCUUCUUCCUUUUCAUCGGCGUGAUUCUCUUCUCCAGUGCCGUGUAUUUUGCUGAGGCUGAUGAUCCCGAAUCACAUUUCUCCAGCAUCCCUGAUGCCUUCUGGUGGGCCGUGGUCACCAUGACCACGGUGGGCUAUGGAGAUAUGAGGCCUGUCACUGUGGGGGGCAAGAUUGUGGGGUCCUUGUGUGCUAUUGCUGGCGUGCUCACCAUUGCCCUGCCUGUCCCGGUUAUUGUCUCCAACUUCAACUACUUCUACCACCGAGAAACGGACCAUGAGGGAGAGGCCAUCCUCAAGGAGGAGUCUAGUACUGCUCAGGGCGGCUCAGCCGGGGACUUGAAGAGACGAACCAGCAAAAACUCUUUGGACAAAUCCGUUGUGCACUUGGAAAACGCUGAGGGGGUUACCAAUGGGACCGGGUCUGUGGAAAAGGCCAACAUCAAAGCUAAAAGCAGCAUGGAUCUCAGAAAAUCUCUCUAUGCACUCUGCCUGGACACCAACAGGGAAACAGACCUGUAAGGCAAGGGGAAUAUAGGAAGAAGGUGAAGUUUGCUUGAUGGAAUUGUUAGAGAAAGCUAAACGGUACUGUCACUUACUAUUCAUUUUUGAAACAUGGUAGCCGUUCUUAAGAAACCUUCAGGAAAAAGCAAGUUAUUUUGUUUCAUUUUGGUUUUUAAUGUUCUCCCCUUCCCAUGAGACUGUCAUCUAUUUAUAAAACCAGCUAAGAUUAAGCUAGACACCUCCCAUUAUCUAGGAGGCUUUCUAAGCUGUUAAGUGCAAAUUGAUGUUGCUUGCGGAUAAUUUAUUUUACUAAAAAAACACAGUUCAUUUGUAGCACAGUUCAUUUGUCCAAACCUCUUUUUCCAUGGGAUUGUAAAUGGAUUAUUUGUUGGUACUGUAGUUUCAAGCUGAAAUAUUUCUAUUUUCUAUAUGUCUGAUUAUAUUUAUAGAUGAAAAGAGCACUUUUUCGGUGAUGUAUGACUUCAUAAAAUCUCUAGAAACUUUUAGUGAAGUAAUAUAUCCCCCCCCCUUUUAGUACAAAACUGAUUUUCUCGUGUGUGAAGUGAAUGUGGUAUUUUCAGCCUUCUAGCAGAAAAGUAUUUUGUUGUCAGAGUUGGGGUUUUGUUCUCUUGUUGAGCCUUAAAUUAUUAAAAAUGCAGAUUUUUUUUCUUAAUAAAUACAUAUAAUACUGUAUAAUAUUUCUGAUAAUCCAGUGAUGUGCUUUUUAUCCCAAGAAACAAAAAUCUUAAGAGUUUGUUGGUGUUGCUGUUUGGUUGCUUGUCCUUUAUAACUGGUGUUUUUUAAGGGUUUUGUUUUGUUUUGUUACUAGAAACUGUUUACUAUUAAUCAGGUUUGAUCCAAGUGCACCACAGAUCAAAGGCACUGGACAUGACAUAAGCAGAGCGUGAGAAUCAAUAUGUUCAGGAUGUGAAGCCUUUUGAAUUGGCACUCUAGAUUCCAGGUAGUACCAUUUAGUGCUUUCACUGUAUGGUUGUCUCACUGACAGUAUUUCAGGAAUGGUCGCUUCUGAAAGUAUUGAAUGCAGUUAUCUAAACAAUGCUCUUGUGGCUUCGAUUUUGCAUGGGACAAGCAUGGAGAAAUCUUCAAUGGGCCCAUUUGGCAGUCUCUUGCACAGAAGUUCUGGAUGAUAAAUGGCAGGAGUCAAGACUACCUUUAUGAAGCACAGAACUCCAUUGUUCACCUAGGAUAACGCAGCCUGCCGUGAAAUCAGCUGAGCCAGGUCUUCAGACAAAGAUCCUCGAUCAUUUUUGUUGUUGCUGCAGCAAGGAACCAAGUCAUAUGAGUUUGUGUCGAACUCCCAUUUCAUUGUGAAUGAAGGUUUCAGUCCUUUACCAAUGAACAUAGAAGAGGACCGGCAAUCAAGUCUGGCCCACCACAUGGUCUGAGGGACGGUGGACUGGCCCACAUCUGAAAAAGGUUGCUGACCCCUGCUUUAGGGGAUGCCUGGACCCUCAGAAUAGCAGUCUAGAAAAAUUAGAGGAACAUAGCAAACAUAUUGAAAUGGCAGCAGUUCUAUGUUAGACUUUUUAGCUUGUGGUUUGAAAUGCAAAGGUUCUGUUUCAGGUGACAGAAGAUUCUUGGCUCAUGUUUACCUGAUGCUAUGCAUUCAUCGUUAUGUCCCACUGAGUUUAAUGGAGAAUAUGAUGAACUCAACGUGCAUAACAUCUUAGAAGACUCUGGAAAAGUUAAACUUUGUAGCUGUAACAGUUGCAAAUGAUGAAAUCUGUAUUUUUAAACAAAGACCUUGGUUUACAUUUUCAAUAAAACCUUUUAAUUUUA